CAAUAACAUAAAAGAAAAAAGGAAUACUCAUAAAUUCUAUGAGUAGUUAAAUUCAUCAUUUUGCUCAAUGAUUUUUGGAAUAAAUAGAAAAAGAAAAACAAACAAACAAAUAAACAUGUAAACAUUCUAUUCCAUAAAUUAAUGAUUCUAUUCAUAAAGAAUCACUUUUCCAUGUUAAUCAAGAUGUUUAUUUUAUAUUUGAAUAAAUUUAUUUAUAUUUUAUUAUUGAUUGAUUAUUAUGUAAUCAUUGUGAAAUGUUUACCAAUACAUGAUAAACAAUUAGUUACUAAUCAAUCAUUAACUUCAAUCAUUUUUCAUAAUACUACUUAUUAUAAUGCUUAUAAUAAAUUAAUAACAACAAAUGGAUUAAAAAAUGAUUUAUGGAAAGAUAAUCUUACACCAGUAAUUGGUAGAGUAAUAUGGUGUAUAAAUGAAUCCAAACAAAAAUGGUUAUAUUUAGAUAAAUAUGGAAAUCAAAAUAAUGGUACUAACACUACUACUAAUAGUAAUAAUAAUAUUACUGGUAAAAAAAUUAUUUUAAUAAACUCUGGAAAAUUCUAUUGUCCACAACCUAAUCAAUCAGAAGAUAUGAAAUAUUGUUGUGGACCAUUAGGUAAACAAAUAUGCUGUAAAAUAACAGAUACGCCAGGUUUAAGAUGGGGUAUACCACUUGGAGUAAUUGUCACAGUUAUAGUAUUUUUGACAGUGAGUUAUACAAUUCAAGUAUUUCGAGCUUGUGAUAGAUGUUACCAUGAAUGUCCAAUAUUUACACCGACUCCAAAUGAUGCUGAAUUCCAAUGGGAUACUCGUUGGUAUACUGUAUCACAUGAAGGUAAUCGAUAUGGUGUAACAUUUCAUAGUCGAAUAUUUGCUAAUGAAUUUAUGAAAUGUUUAGAAGCUGAAUAUGGUCGAUGGAAUACAGCUAAUAUAUUAAAAAUACAAAGAGAUGGACAAAAUUUUGUUAUUUUAAAUAUAUUUUUUCAUGAUCUUUUCACACCAUGGUUUUAUACACAAGGACCUAUUAAAAAUGAUGAAGAAUGGAUUCGAACUGAUUUUAAAAAUAUUUGUCAUACAGUACAAAGUAAGUCUCGAUUGGCUGUGAACCCUCGAUUCAAAUGGAAAUUGAAUAAAUUUUCAAAUAAUUCAUCAAAUAAAACACUAAGACAAACAAAUCAAUCAUCAAAUAACACAAAUAUAUCGAAUUUAGAUAAGAAAAACAUUGAUCGUUUAUCGAAUUCCAAUACUGUUACAACACCAUGGACACCAUGGACUAAAGUAGCCUAUAUUCCAUCAUUAACCGAGACAUCGGUUAAGAAAAAUUUGACACGUAACUCCAAUAAAAGUAAAUAUAAAAUGAAAAAUGAGUAUAAACCUAACCAACUGGUCAAUGUAAUCAUAUUAGAAGAUAUUAUUGAAUGUAAUGGUUUAGAUAAAGGUGUACAAACUCAUCAGAAACGAUUACAAACAUACAAAACAACAAUUGAUCCGGUUGUAUAGAUGACAGGUAAUGUCAAACGAUUCAGAGAAGAUUACUGUAUGAUACUGGUUGGAUCAAUUACUCAUACUUUAUACAGAGCAAUUUGUUACUGGUCUAUACUACAAGAAUUUACACUUGCUGAGUGUCUUGGAUCGAUCGAGUAUCCUGGAUAAUGUAAACCUAUUGAAAACUAUUCAGAAACGCUGUAAUGAAAAUCUUUUUUUUACAAAACUGUCAAUAGCACCUAAUAUGUUUAGUGAUUUUGUUGUGAUUUUAAAACCUCAUGCAUUUUUACACUGAAUGUAAUUUAUUAAAGUCGCUUGUGUUUUUAUAAAAUUUACAAAUUAG